AUUGUUCAAAAAUCAAAAAAUGUUCGAACAAACAGUAAUCGAUUUAUUAGCUGAAAACUCUUUUAGUGUAAACUACGUUAAAAAGGACAAAUAUAAAUAUCCAUUCUUGAAAGUAUCUUUCGAGCAAUAUUAUUAUCAUCUUAUUAUCUGGGAUAAAGACACUAUUACCAUAAAAAAUAUACUAGACAUAGAAAAAGAAAGGUCAAAGCUUUACAAAUUUGAAAAUGUAAACAGGAAAAAUUCAGCUAUACUUGUUUAUAAGUCUAGUUUAGGGGACAAAGUUAGUAAUCAAUUCAAGAAAAUGGAUAAUAUAAGAUACACCAAUCAACCAAACCUUGCUAAUCCUGAUUUUUUAACCGAAAAUGAGAAGAAUAUCAUUAAUUAUCUUUAUAAUACCAUUUACUUAAAUUAUUUAAAUUUAACAGGAAUUCCAGAUAUGAAUAAUUUUGAUUUUAUUCAGUUUAUGAAAACUAAAGUGAAAAAUCCUGAGGAUAUUGAAAAAAAUUUAUUGGAAUUUGUUUCUACAAAAAAAAUACCUUUAACUAAACAAAAUAAACACCUUUCCAAGAGUAUUAAAAAUAUCUUAAUGAAAAAGCCUAUGUUGGGCUAUAGAGUUAUCGAUAGGGAUGGCAAAUGUAUUUUAUUACGUAAAUAA